CCGGGCGAAAACCCUAGCCUGCAGCGCCGCCUACCCCAAGCAGCCGAGCGAGGAAGCGAAGACCCCUUCCCCCCAGCGCAAGAGCACCAUGGCGGCGGCGGCAGUUUACGGCGGUCUCAAGGGGAAGCUUGGCGUCGAGGAUGCCCCCGAGCUGCAGCUCAACCGCAUCCGCAUCACCCUGUCCUCCAAGAACGUCAAGAACUUGGAGAAAGUUUGUGCGGAUUUGGUGAAGGGAGCCAAGGACAAGCAGCUGAGGGUUAAGGGACCUGUCAGGAUCCCUACUAAGGUUCUCCACAUCACCACCCGCAAGUCUCCUUGUGGUGAAGGAACAAACACAUGGGAUCGCUUUGAGUUCCGCAUCCACAAGAGGGUGAUUGAUCUGAUCAGCUCCCCUGAUGUGGUGAAGCAGAUCACUUCCAUCACCAUUGAGCCUGGUGUUGAGGUCGAGGUGACCAUUGCCGAUGUGUAAUGACGUGCAGUUCAGCUGUCAUAAACUAUUUAUAUCUUGUGUUGCAUUAGCUUUGUGCUCCAUUUGUGUGCUUGUAAGAGGACAUCGAGUGAUUGUUAGCACCCAAGACUGUAUUUUCGCCGCCUAUAAUCCUAUCGUAGCUGUCUGUCUGAUCUGGGCUGUGCAACUUGAAAUUUUGUUUGUCUAUCGUAGCUGUUUGUCUGAUCUGAUAUAAGGGAUGUGCAACUCGAAAUUUUGAUUCAGUCUGUUUUCUCA